UUUCCUCCCUCCCUUACGUCCCCGAGUGCGACAGUACCGCCUCCUUCCCAGCCGCGCGGCUUCCUCCAGACCUCUCGGCGCGGGUGAGCCCUAUUCCCGGAGGCAGGUGGUGCUGACCCUGUAACCCAAAGGAGGAAACGGCUGGCUAAGCUCAGCAUUGUUACUGGUAGGCACCAUGUCCUUGAAGAUGCAGGCAAGCAACGUAACCAACAAGAAUGACCCCAAGUCUAUCAACUCUCGAGUGUUCAUUGGAAACCUCAACACAGCUCUGGUGAAGAAGUCAGAUGUGGAGACCAUCUUCUCUAAGUAUGGCCGUGUGGCCGGCUGUUCUGUGCACAAGGGCUAUGCCUUUGUUCAGUACUCCAACGAGCGCCAUGCCCGGGCAGCUGUGCUGGGAGAGAAUGGGCGGGUGCUGGCCGGGCAGACCCUGGACAUCAACAUGGCUGGAGAGCCUAAGCCUGACAGACCCAAGGGGCUAAAGAGAGCAGCAUCUGCCAUAUACAGUGGCUACAUCUUUGACUAUGAUUACUACCGGGACGACUUCUACGACAGGCUCUUCGACUACCGGGGCCGUCUGUCGCCGGUGCCAGUGCCCAGGGCAGUCCCUGUGAAGCGACCCCGGGUCACAGUCCCUUUGGUCCGGCGUGUCAAAACUAACAUACCUGUCAAGCUCUUUGCCCGCUCCACAGCCAUCACCACCAGCUCAGCCAAGAUCAAGUUAAAGAGCAGUGAGCUGCAGGCCAUCAAGACGGAGCUGACACAGAUCAAGUCCAAUAUCGAUGCCCUGCUGAGCCGCUUGGAGCAGAUCGCUGCGGAGCAAAAGGCCAAUCCAGAUGGCAAGAAGAAGGGUGAUGGAGGUGGUGCCAGCGGUGGUGGUGGCGGCGGUGGCGGCAGCGGUGGCGGCGGCGGCGGUGGCGGCGGCGGCGGCGGCGGUGGUGGUGGUAGCGGCAGCCGGCCACCAGCCCCCCAAGAGAACACGACUUCUGAGGCAGGCCUGCCCCAGGGAGAAGCACGGACCCGAGAUGACGGCGAUGAGGAGGGGCUGCUGACACACAGCGAGGAAGAGCUGGAACACAGCCAGGACACAGACGCGGAUGAUGGGGCCUUGCAGUAAGCAGGUUACAAGUUCCCACUCUGUUCCAGUGAGCUGCGGGAUUCAUAUGUGGCCACUUAGGCUGGUCUCGUUGAUAUGGAGCUGUGGGAGGGCAGCACCCAGAAAUAGGCUUUGUUCCAGGCCUGGCACGCACUCUUCCUGCUCCUACUUUCUCUACCUGGGAAAUAGCCGCUCAGGAUGAAGCUGCUGCUGUGGUGUCGCCACCUCUGAGAAGUCUCCCAGACCCUCCGACUGCUCGUUAAUUGCUCAUCGUUCCCCCAAAACAGAAUUCAAUCCCAUCAUCAGAAAGGGCUUUAGGUUUUCCCUCCAUCUUCACGUGUUGCUCAGAGUUUGCAGAUCUGCUGGAGUCCUUAUUGAAAACUCCCGUUUCAAACCAACCUGAUCUACAGCCUCUAAAGAAGCUUCCCCCUGGGCUUGCUCUAGGUUUUGGUAGAGGGUGGAGGCUUUGGGCAGUGCUCAGACUCCACAGGGAAGUCUUUGUUGUCCAUGUCUCUCUCACUGAGCAGUCCUGCUGCCUGUCAUCCUUGGCAGGCCAGCACUCUGAGGUCCCAGUGUAGCUCUGCGCUUUGGUCUUCCCAAGCUCUCCUGGGGCCUGACUAGGCCAGCCCCAAGGCGGCCAGAGUUCUGGCCUCAUACCUGAGCCAAAGGCCCCAAUCCCUGCUUGGCCAUUGCCUGAGUAUUAGCUGCCCCAGCAGGAUCACAGUCCCCAUACAUCUGCCUGCUAGGGACCCUGGGCAGCAGGGAGAGAGUUGAGAUUUGUCAGGAGCCCAUGGUGGAGGCUGAGACCUUAAGGCCAUGAGAUACAGGCAUGGGGUGAGAAACAGGCGCCUUGGAAUUGGGCUGGGCCUUGGCCCAGCUUAGUCAAAUCCAAAGGCUUCAAUUUGGAGAGAUGAAGAGGGUGUACAGAGGAAGGGGCUCGGUCCACAACGAGUGCCUCAUCUCCCUGAAGAGCUCUCAGUGGAACAUACUUCACCAAUCCAUGUACCCACAUCUUUGCUUGUCCAGAAGGCCAGAGUCAGCUCUAGCAGACCCAUUUCAAUACCCUGGCAAGUCAUUACUGCCCUUAGCUCUUAGUGUCCCCAUCUGUAAAACAUGGGGGACAGCUGCUAGCCUGUAUUGGAACUUGGGCAGAGUUCAAAGAAUGGGAUUUAGAGCUGAAUGAACCUUGCACUGAGGGCAUAAUAGCACUAGGGCACUAUCCCUGUGCCCCCAGAGCCUAGUGCUGUAUGCCUGCUGCAGGCCCUACCCAAACGUGCUUUACUGAGGAACUCAGUGUUUUAGAGCUUGACGGUCAGGUUGAUCAUGCGCUUGUGACCAUGGACUUCCUUAGUAUGCCAGGCUUGGAGGACCGUGAGAAAAGCAGGGAAGACACUUUCAGGGGUAGCAGGCAUCAGCUCUACUCACUCCUGCCCAUAAGGCCUUGCCUAGUCAUGCUGGCACCAGGUCAUAGGCUGGACAGGGAGAAUGAGAGUCCCGUCGGGUAUUCCAGAAAAGCCCCUGGAUGCUCCCCCCGGGAAAGCACACAGUGGGACCCUCGGGUAGGAGGUUGGGUUCCAACACUGCGUACACGUGCCCUUCCACCGCGUUGGGGCAGCAAAAACAUCCAUUCUGCUGUGCAACAGUUGUCAUUUUUCUAACAUCUGAAAACUCCAAAAGGAGAUAGUGAUAAAUGUGGUACCAGAUUCUGCCCAAAGGACCAGUCUUUAGAUGUUUUCAAGAUUGGAAACCUCAUUUUUGAUCCUCACAGCUAUCUUGAAAGAAUAGAGCAGCCAGUGGGUAUACUGGAUUGUGAGCCAAGAGGCCUGGGGCUUUCCCCCUGUUGCUGCCAGCCAGGUUGAUGACUCUGGGCAAGUCUUUUUCCUUUCUAGAUCUGUUUCCUCGGCUGUAAAAUGACAGGUUGAUCCAGAUCAGGGAUAGUAAAUGGGCCUUCGUUCAGUUACUGACUGUUGUAUAACCACCCCCAAAUUUAGUAGCUUUAAUAAACAUUAGCUCC